AUGUUCCAAAUUAAUUGGCACUCUCAAGUGCUCCAAGUGCUGAAAAGUCACCACGCUAAUUGUGUUGACUUGACCACUAAAGAGAUCGACUAUUUCGCCGAAAACGGUGACAACAAAUGGGUUUCUCCAGCAUGCUGUAGACAUGGUAGAGUUACUCAUAGCAACUGGUCGUCCUCAUCAACUAGUGCUCGACCAGCGGACUUCCCUCAUUGGUCUGACGAAGCGAGUGCUUCCGAUCCUCUAGCACUCAUUUUGUGUUAAUUGUCGAACAUGGCCAAUGACAUUAAAGACAUCAAUAACUCACAAACACAACUAAGCAACGAUGUCUCCCAUUGUAUGUCAUUGCUACAACAGCAUUCGGCUUCUAUUGUUCGCCAUGACGAACUGAUCUCUAAUUGUAACGCUAGUAUUCAGCAACUCCAAAGUGCGCAAGCAUCUAUCUUAUCCAACAUUUCGAACGUUGAAUCUAGACUGACCAAUGCACUGAUAAAUGUUAGAUCGUUGAAUACCAACGCUAAUAAUAUCCCAUCAU